AAAGACUAAAGAGAGAGUCACAUGAGAAAGCCAAAGACAAAAAGUAUAUAACAAGUCAAAAUAAAUGUUUUUAAAAGUCUUUUGAGAAACAAACAACAAAGUCAUGUGCCAAAGAAGCUUCUGUGUUGUGAUCCCACUCAUUACCAAUUCGUACAGCGCACGACCUCUUCUCCUCCUCUGUUUUAUCCGGGGGCCAUGACUAUUCACGCGCCGCCGUCUUCACAAUGUUGACCGACGUCUUUUGGCUUCGUACGCGACGUAGCCGGUUCGUUUUCUUCCUCCUCUGUUCUCCUUUACUAAUCCCAAUCCUUUGCGCCUUGAUCCCUAUACUCUGCGCCAUCGAGAUCUUCAGUCGUCUCCGUAGUCGUCACCCUUGGUUUGCUAAAUCCGCCGCCGAUGAAGAUGAUUUGAGGCUCCGGAGAUGUGAGGAAGGUUGCGGUUGCGGCGGCGGAAUUGAAACUGAAGAGGCUGGGUUGCUUCAGAGAUACUUGGAAGAUCAGUUGAUUCUUGUUAGAUCUGUUUACGAAUGUGGCGAAGAAGAUCAAGAUCAAGAUCGUGAUCUUGAUUCCGAUCAAAUUAUUAGGGUUCCUCUUCUUUCGUAAUUUUCAAUUUCUUUAGAUUCGUAAUUUUUGGUUUAUCAAAAAAAAAUGUAGAUAAACAAAAUGCCGUUUUUUAUUAUUAUAUACUUUCAAAUUACAAUC